CAUCCAUUUCCCUCCCAACUCCAACCACCCCAACAAUGGGUCUCUCCUUCCUUCUCCUCUUCCCCUUACUCUUCCUCCUCCACCACUUCUACUACCGCCUCCGCUUCCGCCUCCCGCCUGGCCCUCGUCCCUUACCGGUAGUGGGAAACCUCUACGAUAUUAAACCGGUUCGGUUCCGGUGCUUUGCGGAGUGGGCGCAAUCCUACGGGCCCAUCAUCUCGGUGUGGUUCGGUUCGACCCUCAAUGUAGUCGUUUCCAACUCGGAGCUAGCGAAAGAAGUCCUCAAAGAGAAGGAUCAGCAGCUGGCCGACCGCCACCGGAACCGAUCAGCCGCCAGGUUUAGCAGAGAUGGGCAGGAUCUGAUAUGGGCGGAUUACGGGCCGCACUAUGUGAAGGUGAGGAAAGUCUGUACGGUGGAGCUGUUUUCGCCUAAGAGGCUUGAAGCUUUGAGACCCAUUAGGGAGGAUGAAGUCACGGCUAUGGUGGAGUCCAUUUACAAAGAUUCUACUGCCCCUGAUAACUUGGGAAAGAGCCUGCUGGUGAAGAAAUAUUUAGCAGCUGUGUCAUUCAAUAACAUUACUAGACUUGCAUUUGGGAAGCGAUUUAUGAAUUCUGAAGGGGUAAUUGACAAGCAAGGCCAGGAGUUCAGGGCAAUAACAACUAAUGGAAUAAAGAUUGGUGCAUCCCUUUCCAUGGCUGAGCACAUACCAUGGCUCCGUUGGAUGUUCCCACUGGAUGAAGAGGCUUUUACCAAACAUGGAGACCGAAGGGACCGUCUUACACGAGAGAUAAUGGAAGAGCACACCCUUGCUCGCCAACAAAGUGGAGGAGCCAAACAACACUUUUUUGAUGCUUUGCUGACACUUAAAGAUAAAUAUGAUCUUAGCGAGGACACUAUCAUUGGCCUUCUUUGGGACAUGAUAACUGCUGGAAUGGAUACAACUUCAAUCUCUGUUGAGUGGGCCAUGGCAGAGUUGAUAAAGAAUCCAAGGAUCCAAGAGAAGGCUCAAGAGGAGCUAGACCGUGUAAUUGGACAUGAACGCGUGAUGACCGAACUGGACUUCUCAAACCUUCCCUAUCUACAAUGCGUAGCUAAGGAGGCACUCAGGUUACAUCCUCCGACCCCUCUCAUGCUACCUCAUCGCGCCAAUGCCAACGUGAAGAUUGGUGGCUAUGACAUUCCCAAGGGCUCAAAUGUUCACGUAAAUGUUUGGGCAAUAGCUCGUGACCCCAAGGUAUGGAAGAGUCCCUUGGAAUUUAGGCCAGAAAGGUUCCUUGAGGAGGAUAUUGACAUGAAGGGACAUGAUUUCCGGCUUCUCCCGUUUGGUGCUGGAAGAAGAGUAUGUCCAGGUGCACAACUUGGCAUCAACUUGGUAACAUCCAUGAUAGGCCACCUCUUGCACCACUUCAACUGGGCUCCUCCUAAUGGGAUGACAAGAGAAGAGAUUGAUAUGGGGGAGAACCCUGGUCUAGUAACCUACAUGAGAACUCCUUUGGAGGCAAUACCUACUCCUAGAUUACCUGCGCAUCUGUACAAACGUGUGGCCGUGGACAUGUAAUUGAUUUGCCGAUUCUCUCAAAACAAAUGAGCUGUUCGCUUUUCUUUUGGGAUUGAAUUAAACUGUCUGCCUUGGGUUGAUCCUAAAAGCUUCACUCUCUUGGUGUGUGAGAGCCUUUCUCAUAAAUUUGUAAUGUGAACUACAAUUGUAGUAUAAAGUUGUAGUAAAGAGAAUUUUAUUUAUCCAAUGGGAAAUACGUAAUUGAGUUAAUUUCUUUUCUA